AUGGCAGAAUCAAAAUCAGGAUUGAGGAAGCCUGUAUUCACCAAGGUUGAACAGCUUCGCCCAGGCACUAGCGGCCACACUCUUACUGUGAAGGUUGUUAGUGCAAAGAUGGUGUUGCAGAAGGGUCGUGCUGAUGGUCCUCAUGUACGCCAAAUGAGAAUUGCUGAAUGUUUGGUUGGGGAUGAGACUGGAUUGAUUAUCUUUACAGCUAGAAAUGAUCAAGUGGACUUGAUGAAAGAGGGCAGUACUGUGAUCCUUCGCAAUGCGAAAAUUGACAUGUUUAAAGGAUCAAUGAGGCUUGCUGUGGACAAGUGGGGCCGUGUUGAAGUCACUGAACCUGCUGAUUUCACUGUGAAGGAAGAUAACAACCUAUCACUGAUUGAAUAUGAGCUUGUGAACGUUGUUGAAGAAUGA